UUGAACUGGCUAUGUUAGCUAGUAGCUGUUAGCUACCUUCUAAAAUUGGUCAGAGGAGUCAAAUUAAGAGUGAAAACAGCUGAGUUUGUCUUCGACCAAGCAACGUAAGCUUUGUAUGCUUUAGUUUACCAAGCUAAUGUUAAUACUGUCAGUGUCAGAAUUAGCAAUGUUAGCCGAUAUCAUAUAGCUAGCUACGUUUAGCGUAUUUGAACGUGCGUUAACUAGUUACAUGUAUUCCAAAACUAGCUAAGCUAUGAACAAUGCUGCACAUUAGCAGCAAAAGAAAUUCCAUCACAAGUUCAUGUGUAACGUUAUUCAGGUUGGUUAUUUUGUCUGAGCAACAGUUCAAAACCCAUAGAUGUACACUUAACUAUCAUAUAUUAUUAAGAACAGCAAUAAAUCCUCUGCUUUAAAUAGCUGGAGCUAUCAACUGCAUUGCAGAUUAAUCAAGAUGAAUCUAUUAUUAUGUUCUGUGUUGAGUUGCCUUGAAUUUACCUAUUUCAUUGAAUUGUAAAUAAUAAUCCGGAUGGCAAACGUAAGUGGAAGUCACUAUCUUCCUUUUCUAUCAUUUAACACAAUACUGCAUGAGUUUACCUCGUUGAACUCACUGUUGAAGACUGUUGAUGAGUCAGUCAUUCUGUGACGGUCGCUAUGACAUGAGGUCAAAGGUCUCGUAUAGGUGUAAAAACACAAACAAUGUGAUUAGUUUCUAAUAAUGCUGGACGGCCAAUAUGAGUGUUAAGGAGUUGUUUUCACUGAAUGUCUCAUUUUGCCUUGACCUAUAAACUAUAUGUGUAGCUCUGCAAUCAAUUUCUGUCUUCGCAGGUUGGAGAAUAUGGUUUUGAAUCUGUGUCUGCCAGCCUUUCAUACAACAGUUCAAUGCAACAAGCUGUGUGCAGAUGGCUAUGAUGUCACAAACCUUGUGUCAGCUGACCCUGCUAUCCGGAGGCGUGGCUUCAAGCUGGAGUACUUCCUACGGCCCCCUGUACAGGUGACGCUGAAGUUUGGCUUCCAGGUGGAGCUGUGCAGGGUGGAUGUGGAGCUGUGGACCUGGGGUAUGGACCGAGGACAGGUUUGCAAGAGACUGGAGAUCAGCACCAGCUCUGAUACAUUACCCACCCCGAAUUUUGACCAAGGCCACGAACGUGUUCAUCAAAAGAAACAAAUGCAGGUAAAGAACCAGAAACAGAGUAGAGAAAAACCACAAGAGCAUGCAGUUAAAUAUGGCCAGAGUAGUGGCAACCAGUGGAGACUUCAGGCUCAACAGUGGGGCGAAGAGGCACUAGAUGAGCCUCAACAAAGAGGCCAUGCGUUCAAAUCAAACACUGAGCCCAGUAAUCCUGAACCUGGACUGGACUUCAAACUGAUAGGUCGUUGCGAACUCAGGGAGGAAACCCAAGUCUGUUUCACGCGUUCAAACUUCAGACCCCGGCCCCCGUUCCUCUCCCCUCUACCGCCGCAACCCGCCAACUGUCGGCAAGAGGAGCUGUGGAGUCGGGGUAUGCUUUCGUUAGGCGCAGUGACGCAACUUCGCGUCACUUUGCCAUUCGGCGGUGCAGCAUCUGCUCUUGGGCUCAAGGCUUUGGCCGUGUGGGGACAACCUGCUCGCUGCUGCCCGGCAGAAGAAGUGGAGAGGAUUAAAAGAGUCCAGGAGGCCAGCGAAAGACGCCUCCCAAGACCGGUGUUUUUUGACCCUUCUGUCAGCAGGAUAAAACCACCGCUGCAAGCAGCUACAUCCCCAAGCAAUCCUUCCGUCCCAGAAGAGUUCCUCGACCAGAUAACCCAGGAGGUGAUGCUGCUGCCCAUGCUGCUGCCCAGUGGUGUGUCAGUGGACAGCACCACACUGGAGGAGCACCAGAGGAGGGAAGCCACCUGGGGGCGACCCCCGAACGAUCCCUUCACUGGCGUCCCGUUCACUUCCACCUCCCAGCCUCUUCCUAAUCCCCAGCUGAAAAGCCGCAUGGACCACUUCAUACUGCAGAAGGGGAUGAUGAGGAGGGACGGGAUGUUGGGGAGACAAGGAGACGGAGAGAAUCCACAGGCCUCAAGACUUGUAGCCUCCAAGGCAGACGGACAGUCCCAGUACUCUCCCUGUCUCCGUGAGAGCUCAAUAGACAACACUGCUAGUCAGUAUAAUGCUGGCACUAGAAACACAAACAGGACGUUAUCAUCAGAUAAUGGGAGUCACACAUUUAACUCUCAGCCUCUUACUAUAGAUAGUAAAUCAGAGUUGGGGAGAAGAAAGAAACAAGACCUAAGUGGAGUUUACAACGAAUCAUCAGAAGAUUUGACAGCCGAGAAGCAACUACUACCUCCAACAAAAAGACCAAGAAAUGAUGCGGUGUCAGUCCCCAGCUGCAGCUCUCAUGAGCAGCGUUUGUCAGCCAGUCUGGACGAGGCCCUCCUCUCCGCCCUGCAGGGCCGACCCUCCUUCACCUCAAACCUGUCUCAGCAGAGACGGGUCUGUCCUGACUCUGAACCACUGAACACCCCACAGCGAUGUCCGACUGCAGGCACUCCAAGCAUGCAACCAGGUGAGAAGACGUGCUCGGCAUGUUCCUGCUCGGUGUCCGUCUACUCCAAAUCUGCAUCGUCCAUCUACCGCCUCACCUGCGGUCACUUGCUCUGCCGUUCCUGCGUGCGGAGGGAAUCGCAACCACGAAACUCCAUCACUACGUCGACAUCCGAUCACAUCUUGUGUCCGGCCUGCCAAAGCCCGACCCCACGCAGUGAUGUCAUGCGUGUGCAUCACUGACAGAUGCCGUCAGAAAGGCAAACUCACGCCUUUGAAAAUCCUGUGAAGAAAUGAGGAGGAUCGUAUAGAAGGUGAAGUAAGGAUUGUACUUCAGAUGUGCCGCUUUGGGAAAAACAUUAACAGCUGAAAGUAACAGAUCCUGGUUCCAGUUUUUGUUGUUAUUGUUUCCUUGGUUUGACGCUACCUCCGUCCCCCUCCUUGAUAUACAGUGCAUCUUCACAGAUGUGUGGUACUGUAAUGAUUGACAGGUGUUGGACCAUCCUAAACAAAUGACAAAUUUGUCUGACCAACAAUUUCCGUGACACUAUCCCUCAUUUCUAACUUUUUUUGGAAUUCUUAUUCACACGCGUUAAAAGUCCUUCCAGUCUUGCUGUGGAUGUUAUUUCUUUGGACCGGUGACAUCACAAAAUCAAUGUUUUUUUAUGUCCACAGCGGUAGAAAGAACAUCAGCAAAGACCCUUACAAGAAUCUUGUGUCAGAGAAUGUUUAAAAAAAAAAAAAGAAAUGUUCUCCUCUCUUCCACCUCGCUCCCUGUCUGUCUUUCAUCGAGCAUGUGCGGUUGCAGCCUCUGUAGAGACCCUGGAUGAGUAGAUGUGUUGAGGAGGCACAAAGAAAAGGUUGGGGGACAGAAGUAGCAAGAGGCCAGAAGAAUGAAAGUGGAUUUCGAGUGGACCCAAGGCUGUGUGGUCAUUGUGAAGGAAGAAUGCCGGGUCAUGCUCGGCCGUCCGCUCUUCACUCUAUUCACCACAUGACAUUCCCUACACUCGUGCGUAUUGGUUGUUUGUCUACAGACAGUAAACGCAGGAAGAAAAAGAAUUUCUAGGGAGUGAUAAUGUACACAUUUUUCAUGUUAAUAUUAAACUGUAUAUUCUUGCAUGAAUUCAGGCAGUGGCAAGGGUUUCUCAGGUAAUAUCGGAAAGCUGAAUUUCUUUGAAGUUGGCGUAAUUCCAUGAACUUUCAGACGGACUGCGUCUACUUUCACUUGUUAUUGCUUUUCCUAUACGCAGCAGUGUUGAGAAAUAAAUGUGUGCACAAUGUCCAA